AAAACAAAAGAUAUCUAAGCUUAACAAAGCCUAAAACAUCUUUUUACAGAUUAUUAUUUAUAAAGAUAUUAAAAAGAAAAAGAGGAACAUGUUAUAUUAAAACUUUCCCUCAUCGAAUGUAGAGUUUUCAUUAGAGAAAAGCAACUAUUUUUUUACACUGCUAUACCUUUAAGUUAUGCAUGGCUGGAGCUCAUGUGAAUUCCAGAAUCGAGUAUUGUGUAUACAAAAUGAAUACGCGACAGACAAAAGACCAAACACAACUAAAAGAAUAUAUGUGUAGAAAUUUCAUAUUUUUCUGUAUCCAAAUUCUAACAUAGCUAUAGUAAAAAUGCUUAAAGUAAAUAUUCACUGAAGGGGUAAAUUAAAUAAGAAGCCAAAGAUGUAAAAUUAAAUGGAAGAAAAUAGUGGGAGCCGCGAAGGCCCAUUACGGGUGCAACACCAUGAAGUACGUGGAGAUGGAGGACGCGGGUGGCAGCCGGUCUGUCAAUUCGCACUGGAAGAUGCGCAACGCGAAGGACGAGUUGAUGUCCCCUGCGAGUUACGCAGGAUUCUACACCGCGAUCACCAUCGCUGCGAUGGAGGAUACGGGCUACUACAAGGGCAACUACAGCAAUGCCGAAAGCAUGGCAUGGGGUAAGAACGCCGGGUGCGGGCUGUUUAAUGAGAAGUGCGUUAUUGACGGGGUGUCGCAGAUUCCGGGGAUGUUCUGUGACACUAAAAACAUGGUGAUAAAUGAGUUCAGCUGCACAUCGAACCGACUGGGUAUAGGCAACUGCGAUAUAACGAAUAAUAAAAACUAUGCACCUCUUUUCCAGUACUUCACCAACCCGACGACGGGUGGCUCUGAGGGGUGGAUGGACUUUUGCCCCUACAUCAAAGAUUAUCCGCAAACCAGGUUUUCUAAUGGGGAUGUUAACGUAUUGUCGGGCUCUGUGUUUUCUGAAUCUGCACGGUGCUUUUCGGCCUCAAAGAGCACUACACUCGAGAUAGGUAAUGGUGAAAAUAUGACCGCAGUCUGCGCGGACGUGCUGUGCGAUGAGGCCACGGCGACUUACCAGGUGCGCGUGAAGGGCGCCGGUGGAUUUGUGGACCGCUCACGCGAGGGCACCCUUGUGCCUGCGAUGUACAGCCCAGAGUUCCGCUCUGGCAUGAUCGAGUGUCCGCCAUACGAUGAGGUGUGCACCGGGAAUCCGUCGGUCCGCAGUGGGACUAAUGCCAGCAGAAACAGUGUGUCCAGUGAGACUCCUGGCUCCAAUGAAUCUCGUUACAUCGCCGCAUCCGGUACGACUGGCGGUGUGCACCACUUGACCCCCAUGCUUGUGGUGGCUCUGGCUGGUGUGUUUGCCUUUGCAUAA